ACCCGACCAACGCAACGUCAUGUCAUGUAGCAUGAACUCUUCUAUUUAAAGCCAUUUGUUCUCAUUUGCUGAUGUGCGAACUGGACAAGUGGAAAAUACCUCUUGGUCCAACUGUUGGCCCCAGGCGAAGAAGAACACCCCUAACCCCACCACCACCACAAUAGUUCCAUCUCGUAUCCCAUGCGCUGAUUAAAUCAUGCUCGGUGCUGAGGGGAAGACUGACUUAUUUUCCUCCAAAGACUCAGUGGAAGAGAGGCGCAAGUCUCCACUUUCAGGAGGCAAACAGCCCGCCGCUGGCAGCCGAUACCCGGAAUACGGGUUCGGCCCGGAACGCUACUACAGUCCGCCCACGGCGCCCAAACCCACCGCAGACUCAACUACGCCUUGCUCCUUCAUUCCGUACAGCCCGAGCGGGAGUAUCUACGCCUCGUCCAGCACAGCCAGGUACCCGACAUCUCUUCACUUGGGUUCCGUGGGAUUCUCCCCAAGCGCUGGUCCGCGCGGUCACUUCAGUCCGGCCUACCAGCUCGGGCAGAGCCCCGGCUGCCUAUACGCGCAGUACAGCGGAUCAGGCCCGGCACUGGGCAGCGUCGCCAUCCGUGCGAACAGGGCGCACGUCGACCUGUGCAACCGGGCUCUGUGGCUUAAAUUCCACCGAAACCAAACCGAGAUGAUCAUCACCAAGCAGGGCAGGCGAAUGUUCCCGUUUCUGAGUUUUAACAUUGCAGGUCUAAGCCUGACUGCUUACUACAACGUAUAUGUGGAGGUGGUACUGGCAGAUCCAAACCACUGGAGAUUUCAAGGUGGCAAGUGGGUCACUUGUGGUAAAGCAGACAAUAGCAGCCAAGGGAACAAAGUGUACAUCCACCCAGAAUCUCCAAACACAGGAGCCCACUGGAUGAGACAAGAAAUCUCCUUCAGCAAACUGAAACUCACCAACAACAAAGGCACAAAUCAAAGCAUAUCACAGAUGAUCAUAUUACAGUCCUUACACAAGUAUCAGCCCAGGCUGCACGUCGUGGAGGUGACCGAGAACAGUGUGGAGGACUUCAACACUGAUCCAAAGACUCAGAGAUUCAUAUUUCCGGAGACUCAAUUCAUAGCAGUCACUGCUUACCAGAACACUGACAUUACACAGCUGAAAAUUGACCACAACCCUUUUGCCAAAGGAUUCAGAGAUAAUUAUGAUUCCAUGUACACAACUCCCGACUACGACCGCCUCACCCCUUCCCCGACCCACUCUUCCCGUGCCCACCAAAUUGUCCCCAGUGCCCGCUACACCAUGCAGCCCCUCUUACAGGACCAGUUUGUCAACAACUAUACACAAAAGCGUUUCUACAACAGUGAGCGAGCUGUGCCUCAAACCAGCAGUCUUCUCUCACCUCAGACGGAAGACGGAGCCUCUCAGCGAUGGUUUGUCACAGCCAUGCAACAUGGGACAAGCGGCAGCACCAGCCACAAGUUAGACCUGACACCAUAUGAGGGGGACUACUCCAGCUCCCUGCUACCUUAUGGUAUCAAAUCACUUUCCAUGCAAUCAUCCCAUGGUCUCAGCUACUACCCAGACUCUCCUUUCAGCGACAUGGCAAAUGUGUGGGGCCCUAGGGCAGCGUACCAGAGAAAGAUGACUCCAUGUCUGCCUUGGUCACCGAGGCCCAGUCCCACUGCUGGUUUCCCCGAGGAUUCUGAUAAGGUGAAUCCACAGUUCGAAGAUGAGGUGACUGGUGGAGGCCUGAUGUCUUCAUGGGCAGAGACACAGCCGUCUUCUCUAUCUCUUGUCAAGAGUGAUUCCUAUACGCCAGUCUGCAAGCGAAGGCGUUUGUCUCUUAAUGGGACAAGCACAGAGGACUCACCCGUUGACAUUAAAUGUGAGGACAUCGUCUCUGUUGCCAGUGGCUCCUAUUGCAAGGAAGCACCUUCAUCCAAAGGGAUGGCAUCUUUCUAUUCCUUUUACACAAGUUAUUGAGCAUACUGUAGAAUGUUUUUGUGACAUGCACACACCUCAUUUGUCUCUGCUGUGAUCCGUUUUCUGUGUACAAAUGAAAUAACACAGAUAUUAUUUAUUCAUUUGAAUUAAAAGUUGGAAGACAGAGUUAUGGCACAAAGUGAUCGGUACUUUUCCUGCAUUAUUUUACCACCCCAUUAUGUGAUUUACAGGUGAGACUUUGGGCUGUACAUUGAUUUUAAGUAUUUGAAGUAAAUGUAUUCAACGAUGUUUUGUAAAUUUAAUUCUCUACUCAUUACAGAAUUUGCCUUUGCGUUGAGGUUUGCCGUUUCCAGAUUAUUUACUGAAUGGCAGUAUAAAACUAAUGUAAUGUCAAAUGUGAAAAAGGGUAUGCUGCUUACACAUUUCCGACGUUCUGAUGUUUGAUACUAAAAAAGCCUUUGUCCUCUAUGGAAUAGAUGGAAAAUUAUUUUCCAAACAAUCUUGCAUGUAUUUCAUACAAGCAUUUGGUUGAAGUGCAAAUAAAUAUAUUAACUUGCAA